AUGCCACCCCGUAGAGCCCCUACCGAUCAACAAAACGGGAUGCAAGAAUUUAUCGCCGCAAUGCAAGGAUUCUUUCAACAACAAGCUCAAGGUGCGCAAAACCCACAACGCAAUAACACAAGCGUAGUCGUAGAGCAGUUCCGACGUUAUAAUCCACCAAGAUUUGACGGGAGGAGCGGACCCCUAGCAAUGGAGGAAUGGAUAAGAGAGCUGGAGAGAAUAUUUGAACAUAUCGAGUGCACCGAUGCCCACAACGUUUCAUGUGCUCUCUUUCAAUUAUGCGAGGAUGCUAGCCAUUGGUGGGAGUCCUUUAAGCAAUCCAUGACUGAGCAAGCGCGACAAGGGUUGACAUGGAAUAGGUUCAAGGAGAUUGUGACCAACCAAUACUUUCCACGCCCCUACCGCAAUCAAAAGGAGGCCGAAUUCUUGGAUCUCAAACAAGGAGGGCUGUCCAUCACCGACUACGAGAGAAAGUUCAACCAACUUUCACGCUAUGCCACACGCCUAGUCAACACCAAUGACCAAAAGGCGGAUAGGUUCUUAAGGGGACUACGACCAUAA